UUCAACUUCCGUUACUCAUUUUAGCCCUCUUCCUUCCCUCGAAUUGAUCGCUCUCCCUACACAUAUACAGAAAGGAUUUUACAAUCGAAUGAAUUGCUGCUGGUUUGUUUCACACAAAAAAUGUCGAUUAGCUUCAAAUUCAGAAGCUGUUCAGACUUCGAUUCGGUUGAUAUAGAUGGCCGGACCUCUAUAUCUUUAGGAGAACUAAAGAUCAGGAUCGCCCGACUGAAAAAUCUCAACGUAGGCAGGGAUUUCGAUCUCAUCCUCUCCGAUGCCGCCUCCGGUAAAGUGUAUGAUGACGAAAGUAUUCAGAUUGCGAGUGGGUCAAGUGUAAUUAUCAGGAGAGUUCCUGCUAAAAAGUCUCCUUCAACUGUUAAGCCAACAAUUGGUACCAUGAAGUAUUUACGGUUGAAAGAUGUUGAUCGUAUGAACCAGGUGGAUGCGCAAGUCAAUAAAUUUCAUGACUUUAGGGCUGACUUUUUUCCGCUGGAUGAGGGAAUAUUUCCCAAGAAUGAUGUAGGAUUUGAUCAGCAGAACUGCUGGGACUUUGAGAAAGAGUACCUCUUAGGUCCAAGGGCGAUACGCUCCAACUUUCCAGCUUUUCGCAGUAAUGUUUUACCGGACGUACUGAGAUGCCCUCUCUGUAGUAUCUUCAUGAAGGAUGCUGUAAUGAUACCUUGCUGCCAGCACAGUUUUUGUGAGAAAUGCAUUCGUCUGGUUCUUCUAGAAAAGGCGAAGUGCCCAAAAUGCUCUUCUAGCAGGUGUAGAGUGGAAGAUCUGCUACCAAAUUUAUCUCUCAGGCGCACAAUUCGGCGUUUUCUUGCAACUGAUCCAGAAAAUGCUUUACGCAGAUAUGUUCCAGAUGGUGAAUCUGACAAUCAGGUGAAGGAUAUUUGUUGUGCUGUAACUGUUGCCCAACAGGAACCGGAGAUGCCUCAUUCACCCUCAGCUUCUGGAAAAGGAUCCAAUCAAGUUAUGGGAGACCCACCUGUUGGGAAAAAAGCAUUGUCUGAUAUAAUGCAACAAACAGAUGGAGGAAGAGAUUCUUCCAUCAAGAAGAAUGCAGACCUGUGGUGUGACACAAAAGGUGGGAACAUGAAUUUUGCACCUGCUGAUAUUAUGGAGGACCGUAACUGUUACGUGUAUGGUUCCAAUCCAAAUCCAAUGCUUCAAACAGGAAACCUCAUGCUUACAGGAGGAUUUCCAGCCUAUUCAUCACCUUACUGGAAUAACAAUACGUAUUCCACACCACUGCCAUUUGCAAAUAUGUAUGGUAAUGCUGGAAAUGCUUCAUUUAAUGCUGAUAUGGUUCCCCCGGCGCCUGCUUAUGUUCCUCCUUAUAUGCCAUCUAUGCAUGCUGCCAUGCCUUUACAUGGAGAAAUCAUGAGAAUGGGUGGUAUGGCACUUCCAGCUGGAAACAGAGAUGAUCUCCCAUUGAACCAAUAUGAGUACAUGGGUGCCCAGCUUGCUGAAGAUAAAAGGAUAAUUCAGAAUGAAAUUAUGGGAAGUGGGCAAUAUUAUCAAGCUGAGUCUAACUUUAAGGAGCAUUUCCCAAAGGACGAUCGAGUUGCAACAGGGAAGUUCCACAAGGAGAGGGAACCAGGUACAAAUUGUUCUGAGGAUCACUUUGCUCGCAGAACACACAGAAAGCAGCUCCAUGUUGAGAAAAGAAGGGAGAAAAGUCGUCGUUCCUCAUCUGCUAAUAGAGACAAGGUGACCCGUCACUCUGACAGGUUCAAUGAUGGCUUUCUUGGUAGUUCUGAUAGGCGUAGGAGAGAAAUUCAUCAACACCAUUUUCGGGACUCAAGAAAGCGUCAUGAAAGAGACUCUCAUCACAAGCAUUUCCCAAGUUCUGCACAUCCUGUGCAUCAGACGGCGCGAUCCAGAGAGAGGAGGGGUUUUGGGCAUGAGGCAAAGCACUCCAGGCACCAUGCAAGACACUUCACUGAUGAGGUUCGUGACAACAAGAAAUGGAAGAGUAGCGGCUUUUAUGAAGAUUGCAGAGAUGGUUAUCAUCACAAGCGAAAGAGAGAUCAUUGAAAGUGAUGAAUGUGAACUUGUAAAUGAAGUUGCACAUACAUCAGUAUCUGUAGAAUGGUUGGCUUUGUUGAUACAUAUCUGUAGAGUAACCGGCUUUUGGAAAGUACCUCAUGACUAACCCUGUUCAUUUACGUUACUGUAAUCCUCUUCACUUCUUUAGUGUGAGGUCUGGCUGCUAGACAAAGAUUUUAACCAGAAGCCAUCUGGUUACAAAUAGUAUUUUGGAUCAUUUUAUAUGCUGCCCAACCAUCGUUUUGGAUACAGGUAUGGAAGCUGAUUUGAGGUAUGUUCUCUAACAUGGAUAUAGAACAGGCUUUCUAAUGCUUACUGCAAUUAAGUCCUAUUCACUUAAUUUGGAAAGCCUAUUACUUCCGUCUAGCAGCCAACUAGGUCGAUCAACACAUAAAAUGAUGAUUAUUAGCAAGAUGCUCCUAAAAAUAAAUUAAAAUAGAAUGAUAACAUAAAUAAUAAAGUUAUCUUGCGAUAUGUUCGUCAGAUGUAGAGAUGCAUAAAUGCUUGCAGAACCUUCCAUGAUUUCAUUAUUAAGGGCAACUCGGUGCAUUUAGUAUUUCGGGUUUUAUGAUUUCAUUAUAUCCAAGGGUAACUUGGGGCACAAAGUAUUUAAGGUUUGUAGAACAUUUAAUGAUUUCACUAUCAAGGAUAAUUUGAUGCACAAAGUAUCUCAACUUUCCAUGUAUUUCACUACCCUAUAGCGACUCAGUGCACAAAGUACUUCAGAUCAUUUGUAGAACUUUGCAUAAUUUCACACUAUUCAAGGGCAACUCAUGCACAAAAUAUUUCAGAUUCGUAGAACCUUCCAUUAUUUCACUACCCAAGGCAACUUGGUGCACAAAGAAUCUCAGAUUUAUAGAACCUUGCAUAAUUUCACUAUCCAAGGACAACUCUAUGCACAUAGUAUCUCAAAUAUGUAGAACCUUUCAUGAUUUCACUAUUCCGAACAACUCGGUGCACAAGUAUCUUGGAUUUAUAGAACCUUCCAUUUAAAUGUCAUACUAUCCCCAACGAAGUACUUGUAAGGACUCACUGAAAAUACGCACUUCCAAAUCUGUGCACUGAUAAUACACACUAUCAAUUAUCUAAAAGUACUAGUGGCGUUUGUGUUGUAACAGACCGUCCAAAGGGCCCACCUUUACCUGCAUUGAAUCAACCGUUUGCUAAUUUAGUUCUUUAACCUUCAAAAAUGGCAAGAUGGUGUUUCAGAAACUUUUCUGAACUCCUUCGUCCCAACCAAAGUCGUCAAAAGAAGUUCUAAAUGGUGGAUAUGACCUGUAUGAAUAGAUACAGUUCAUGAAAUUGAGCGUUUGAAAUUAAGAAAAGAGUUAAGACUGUUACGAAUUAAAGCUCACAACAUACCACUAUGUGAUUCUUUUUAUCUGUCUUGUCUAAUUUUUUAUGGACAAAAUUACUUGAUAUCUAUAGCUAGUAAAAGGUAACAAAUAUCCUGUAGAAUUAGUCAAGGCCUGUAAAAAUUAGCAAAUGCCACUCCCUAGUUUUACGUGCUAUCUAGGUCAUCCACGUAGUUGCUUGUGGCGGUGUGCACAUACAAGUACUUGUUGUCUGUAUUUAGGUUAGAUCAUAUUAAGUAGGACGAGAGGCAACUGUGACCAACUAAUGUUUUAAUCACAUUCAAUGGUUACCCUAAUUAAUUAAGUAAAUAUGUUGCAUGUGCAUUAAUAUAUACAAGUAUAUCCACACUGGAAUUUAUUACUUAUUCAGGGUAAAGUAGUAUAAUUUUGAUCUGAUAAUGAGUGUGAAAUGUCUCUCUAAUGCCUCUUUUGAUACAAUAUGCAUCAUAUGGUGCAUGAUUCAGGAAAGGGUGGACUUAUUUGUGGUGUUUAUCUCCCAACACAAAGGAGCUUAGAUAUACAGAUAGAUUAUUCAGGCUUGUUCAAGAGUACCUGAGCGUUGCUUGAUUUCAAGCUACUAAAGCUGUUGGAACGAGCUAGGUUUGUUGGGGUAGCUUGAUCUUAACUUGUGAUUUUGGUAGGAUUGAGCUAAGAUUAUUGAAAUGUUAAGCUUUUUAGCCUGACCCAAGUACGUAUUCUGGUUUGAAGGCUUGAGUAAUGUGGGUUAGAUUAGUCUGAGUCAAAUAUAAAUAAAUAAGGUAGAACAUCAAUAAUAAGUAGAAAGGAACAAAAAACUGGUGGUCAGAUUGAUAGGAAUUAAAGCUCAGAAAGAAAUGUUAAAUUCAUAUCAACUUAAGACUUUUUCGAAGUCUUGAUGUCCCAGUGGUCCGACACAGAUCUCCUUGAUUUUUACUAAGGUGUGGCCUAAAGGUGAUAAUGUGGUUGAGAAUUAUCAGGUCUUAGAUUUAAAAUUUAGUGGAGAUAAAAAAUAUAUUAGGUAAUUCUUUUUAUUUAUCUUACCAUCGGGGAAUAGAGUUAUAGAGUUAGAGUUACAAACAUUUUGUAGAAUUGAUCGAGUGGUGAAAAAGUUGGCACAUAUAUCACAAUAAUUAAAAAAGAAAAGAUCUUAAUUUUUAGGGAGAUCUAAGUAACUGUGUUUGUUCCAUGCAUGCACGUGUCCUGUGAGACAUUAUUGUAGUGCUAUCUGUGUCAUCCACGUACGUUGCUUGUGCAGUGUACCACAUACAAGUACAUUCGUUGUCAGUGUUUCAAAGAGAGUUAUUGAGUUAUUGUUAGGUAGGUUGAGACCAUACUAGUGGGAGGAAGAGGCAACUGUAACCAACUAACUAAUCUUUGGGGGAAAACUUAAUCACAUCCCAUAUUUACUAUAAUCAAUUAAGUAAAUAUGUUACAUGUGUUUUUAAUACAAUUAAUGUAUUCAAGUAUAUUCUCUGGCUGGAAUUUAUUACUUAAUCAGGGUAAAAAUUUGUGGUAUUUAACUCUCAUGCAUCUGGAGCUUAGACAUACAGAUCGAUUAGUCCAAGCUUGCUCAAGAGUAUCUGAUCUGUGCUUGAUUUCAAGCACUAGAGUUGUUAAUACGGGGUAAAUUUAUUGCAUCGGAUCGGUCCAACUGAUGAUUUAAUAAGAUUGGGUUAAGAUUAUUGAAAAUAAUUUAACAACAAAGCUCUUUAGCCUAAUCCGAAUAAGUUUACUUGUUAGUGGGGCUUGAGCAAGCUAGGUUAGGCCGCGGCUUAUGGGUUAAAUAAAAAAUAAAUAAUAAAGUAGAACAAUAUAAAUAAGUAAAUAACAAGAAUAAUUUGAACUCUAAAUUUACUUAAAUCAUUAUAGGUAAAUAUUACAAGUUAAUAUUUCAAUUUAGCUAGUUAUAUUGUUAUUUUUUAAUUGUUUAGUUUGCUUUAUUAACGUAUCUUCUUGGUUUUAAUAGAAUAAUGUUAAAAGUUAUUUAGUUUCACAUAAAUUUUAUGUUUAAUAUCAUUUCAUAUUGUAGUUGUGCUCCAGAUACUUGUAUAGUAACAUCUCGUAGAUAUUUAUGUUAACAUUUUAAGAUUAAAAUUUUAAAUAUAUAUAUAUAUAGAUAGAUAGAUAGAUAGAUAAACAGACAGAUAUUUCUUAAAACAGUGAACAGUGGACUAGCCAGCCAUGACGUGGUGUGUAAUCCACGUAAAUAGAAAGACACCCCCACAAAACCCUCGUAACCCAUACCCCAAAAGGAGAAAGUAAUUCGUUGUGUAGGCUAUCGUGUAGUUGAUAAAAUUAGGCGGAUGGCUAGUAAAUUUUGAGAAGUUGUUGGUUUUUAAAUUUUCAUGAACAAUUUAUGGAAUUUGAACUCUACAAAUUUUCAUGACAGAUUUUGAAAUAGGUGUUAUUAGUGAGAUAGAGAAAUAUUUACGUUGAAUAUCAAGAAAAACAAUUAUUUCAGUCAUGAUGUGGGAACUUAAUGAUUGUGAUUUGGAUUUCAAAAGAGGUAUCAUGUGAAAAGGUUUGCUUCGCUCUCGAACAUCUUUUGAACUCGAGGACUUCAGAGUUCAAUUUGUGUUGUUCAGGAGAUUGAAUAAGCCUUGUUAUAAAACUACACUAGAAUUUAUUUAUUUUUUCAAAGGGACAUAUAGUUGUUAAUAAAUAGUGUACUAUCAAUAUUUUACAUAUACACUUGUUUAUACAUGAUUGCAUGGUGUAUAAAUUUAAGUAUAUGUAUGUAUUUGAAAAUACACUAUCUAAGUACAGUGUGUAGAUAUUUUAUAAACCAGAUGAAUCGAAAAUUCUGAACUAUAGUUUUCUCUUUAGAAAAUGGGGAUGGGAAUUUCAACCGUGUGUGUUCGAGUUUCACGUAUGAGAGUUUUGAACUCCAGUAUACUCAGAUUUUCACUUGCAAGAGACCUUCAAUCUCUUAACAGUGUGUUGGGAUUUCACUUGUCAAAACUUUGAAAUUUAGCAUGGAUUGUUGAAGUUGUUUUAUGUUUUAGCUGGGCAUAUUCUUGUCAAAGAAACAAGUGUCGAGAGUGGCUGAAGGUACUUUUAUAAUAAUACCAAUAUUUAAUAGGAAAAAUUGCUUAAA